CUAUAAAAUUAAGAAAUCUCCAAAAUAUGAGAUUCAUUUUCUACUAUGUUAGUGCUCACUGUGAAAGAACCUAAUCUGAUUUAAAAAUAAACUCCAGAAGCCCUUUACAUAUUAACCUGAGUUGUAAUUCUCAAGAAUAUAGUACAUAAUUGCGAAAAGUAUGUCCUAUUUACUUUUAUUAAAAAACAAGAAAUAGAUAGCAGUACAACGAAGACAAAAUAUCAAUUAUGUCUAUUCAAUUUGUCCGGUUUAUUUCGAACUCAUAAUAAAAUUUUACAUAUACUUCCCACAUAAUAUGCUUAACGAAUACGUUUCCUGAAAAAUGAGAAGAAUAUUUCCAGGGAAAUGGAUAGAACUAAACCAGUGCCCCUUUCUGAGCAUUACAUUUCUUCCGUCUGUCAAUCCUCCAUGCCCUCGCAGCAUCGUGACGAUCUGGUGACGCAACAGAUGAAUUACCUUACCUGUUGCAGUGACAGCAUAUUAGGAAGAGAUGGCAACUUAGCACAGUGCACUGGUGACGUCACGGAGCAAUAUGAUUGGUCAACGUCACAUGAUGUAGACGUCAACGCUCAUAUCACAGUUCGGCUAACAGCAGCGACAUACAGUGUGAUAGUAUAUCCUCGUUUUCCUAUCUUUAUGAUACAGUAUACCUAUUUCAACUGUUAUAAUAGGGCCAGCUCAAAAGUUCCUGUAAAAUCUAAGAAAGAAUUCCCAGGAAAUAAUUAUCACAGUAGCCUUUAUGAAUGCUGGGCCAAAAAAAAAUAA